GUGGUGCAUUUGCCUCUGACGCCACUUAACUUUCUAGCUCUGGAGUGAGCUGACUUUCCCUGCCCUCACCCCUACCCCCAGGGACCUUAGCCAGAAUUAGAACGCAGGGGUUUCAGCCAAACCAUCCAGGAUCUAGAAAACAUGAAAAUCCCCGGAAUCCCAGUGUGGCCUGGGACUCAUUAACCGGGACUUGCAGAUGUAGUCGUUCAUAUUACCCCCAAAUUUCCCUUCCUUCCAAUCCCUCCUUCUAACCCGAGUGGGAGCUCCGCGAUGCUUUAGACUUCCGUGUGCCUGAAGAACCAACACCCCCCUCCCCGCGCCUCUCGGGCUCCGCUAACCCGAUUGCAGUUCUUCCAGAUUAAAACCAAGAAAAGAACUCGUUUAGGAAUUACUUUCCUUUGCCAACGCAGAACCCGAGCCCUGCGGAGCUCCCGGCGGCCAGGCCUCGAGGCGCUGCGGCCGCGCGGCGCGCCCCUGCCAGCGCGCACCAUGAACACCAUCGUCUUCAACAAGCUCAGCGGCGCCGUGCUUUUUGAGGACCGCGGUGCUGCGGAGCGGGAACGGGGCAGCCGGCCCUAUGGUGGCGUCCUGGACAGUGCCCACGCCCGCCCCGAGGUGGGCAUUCCGGACGGCCCGCCCCUCAAGGACAACCUCGGCCUGAGACACCGGAGGACUGGGUACGCGCACCCUCCCGGGACCCCCGCCCGCCUGCAGCCGGGACAGUGGGAGCGGGCCAGGCAGAACGGCGGGAAGGUGAGGCACAAGCGGCAGGCCCUGCAAGACAUGGCGCGGCCCCUGAAGCAGUGGCUCUACAAGCACCGUGACAACCCGUACCCCACCAAGACCGAGAAGAUCCUCUUGGCGCUCGGCUCGCAGAUGACGCUCGUGCAGGUGUCAAAUUGGUUUGCUAAUGCAAGACGUCGGCUUAAGAAUACCGUUCGACAGCCAGAUUUAAGCUGGGCUUUACGAAUAAAACUGUACAACAAGUAUGUUCAAGGAAACGCUGAGCGACUUAGUGUAAGCAGCGAUGAUUCAUGUUCUGAAGAUGGAGAAAAUCCUCCAAGAAACCACAUAAAUGAAGGGGGCUAUAAUAAUCCAGUUCAUCAUCCUGUGAUUAAAAGUGAAAGCUCAGUCAUAAAAGCUGGAGUGAGGCCAGAGUCACAGGCCAGUGAGGACUACGUAUCACCCCCCAAAUACAAGAGCAGCUUAUUGAAUCGUUACCUUAACGACUCCUUGAGACAUGUCAUGGCCACAAAUGCUGCCAUGAUGGGAAAGACAAGGCAAAGAAAUCAUUCGGGAUCUUUUAGUUCCAAUGAAUUUGAGGAAGAAUUGGUGUCUCCCUCAUCAUCAGAAACCGAAGGCAACUUUGUCUACCGUACAGAUUAUUUAACUGGAAAUCUUCAAGUGUCUACAAAUGUGUACAAGAUAUAUUAUCUGUGGGACACCUGGGUGGCUCAGCGGUUAAGUGUCUGCCUUCAGCUCAGGGCAUGAUCCUGGAGUUCCGGGAUCAAGUUCCACAUCGGGCUCCCUGCAGGGAGCCUGCUCCUCCCUCUGCCUGUGUCUCUGCCUCUCUCUCUGUGUGUCUCUCAUGAAUAAAUAAAGAAAUAAUCUUUUUAAAAAAGAUAUAUUAUCUGUAAGGAUUCAGAGAAAAUCUCAAUACAUUUUUAAAGACUUAACUUCACUUUCUGUUUGCAUCUCCAACUUCAAGGUUGAAAACAACUCCAAAUGCUCUGACAUACAAAAUUAGUCUUAUAAAUAAUAAUUGGGUCUAGUAAGAAGUAAAAGAUGAAAUAAAAGACUAUUUAGCUAAUAAAAAAAUUUUUUUUAAUUACAUAC